GUGCGGGACCGGGGCCGGUGGCGGGGCGGGGCGGGAGCUCAGGAAGUGACACGGCGGGGCGGGGCGGCGGCAGCGGCAUGGCAGCGCGGCGGCAGUGAGCGCCGAUCCCGGUACCGGCCCCGGUUCCCGGCCUGCAGGAGCACGAGGCAGGUCAAGGGAUGCCUCUGAAGGAGCUGCUGCUUCUGUAAUUGCUGGUGGCCACUGCUCGCCUCUGCAGAAACCUCAUCCCUGUGGACAGGCUGCCUCAAGUCCUGCCUGGAGGCUGAGGCUGCAGCGGCUGACAUGGAUUUUCUCUUCAUCUGCCCCUUUGUGCUGCCACUGCUGCUGUCCCGGGGCAGCUUCGCAGACCUGGAGAAACAGAGGGUGGACUCUGGCUUGGAAAUCUAUAAGAAGCUGUUUGAGGUAAAGCGCAAGGACCAGAUGAACGCACUGAAGAACCUGAUUGAGCUCAAUGACGUCAACCAGCAGUACAAAAUCAUUGACAUCAUGCUCAAGGGACUCUUCAAAGUGCUGGAGGACUCCCGGGCUGUGCUCAUCGCCGCUGAUGUACCUCCCGACGGGCCUUUCCCUCAGGAUGAGAAGAUAAAGGAUGCGUACUCCCACGUGGUGGAGAACACCGCCUUCUUCGGGGACGUCGUCCUGCGCUUCCCCAAGAUCGUGCACCACUACUUCGACCGCAACUCCAACUGGAACAGCCUCAUCCGCUGGGGCAUCGGCUUCUGCAAUCUGACAGGCGUGUUUGAACAGGGACCCCACUCCCAGGUCCUGGGGCUGAUGGCUCAGGAGCUGGGAAUCAGUGAGAAAUCGCCUGAUUACCGUAAUCCCUUUAAAACGGACCACUCUGAGUUUUUCCCCAGUGCGGACACCUUCCAGAAGGCGCUACGGGAGGAGGAGAAGCGGAGGAAGAAGGAGGAGAAGCGGAAGGAGAUCCGCAAGGGCCCACGCAUCUCCCGCUCGCAGUCGGAGCUGUAGCACACGGGGGCUUGCACCUCGUGGCGGGGGCGAUGCCACUGGGAUGUGGAGCGGCGUGCUCCCUCUUGGCAGCCUCGAGCUGGUGCCCGGCGGUCCCCUUUCCGUUUGUGCCGUGGGUUUUAUUUUGUUGCCUUUCCCUUUCGUUUGGCGGGGGCCGAGUGGUGGUGCUGGCGGGUUGCCCCAGUGGGGCUGAAGCAGGGUACUCCUUCCCCAGAGCCAAAGCACAGUGGGAAGGCAGCGGGGCCAUGCCGUGGGCUCACGGGGUGCUGCUGCCUGUGGGGAAGUAGGGCAAGGGGGACAUGGUGCACCUGAGCCCUGUGGGGAGCCCAGGGACCCCUCCCCACCUCAGCACGCCCCGCGCUGAAUGUGCCUCCUCCGUCGUGGGUGGGCUGGGGAAUGCGUCAUGCCAAACAGCCUCAUAAGCGAUGCUGCUUCUCUCCGUUUUGGGAUUUUUGUUGUUAAACCGGUGAUCUCAUUGGCACCCCCCACCUGGUUAUACCUGGUCUGCCCAGCCGCUACCUCUGCCAGCUCAGCUCUCCACUCUUCCCAGCAGCUGUUUUACCGCAUUUCAUCAGCCAGCCGUAGCUGAGAAGGCCAACGGCAUCCCACCCUCCCACGUGGCUACUGCAGGGCAUCCCAGCAGGGAGGCGAACAUGCGGUGAAUUUUUGGGAAGGUGGGAUUUCAGUUCUUGGUCCUCUUUGCAGCUGGCAGAUGCCUGUAGCGCAAGCCGAAGGUGCUGGGGAGCCCGCCCUGAGCCCCGAGCCCUGCGUCCCGCUCCUGGCCUCGCCAGCGGCGCGGCCACCGGCAUCGUCCAUGGCCGCUGGUGGCUCUUGCAGAGGAACCGUCCCUGAGCAGCAGGUGCGCCGUGCCGGGCUGGGGGCACCGUGGCCGUGGGGAAAGGGGAAAUGUCCAGGAUUUAUAACCACGGAGCCGGGUCCGUCUGGUGGGGGGUGGCAAUGGGUGCGUGUUUUGUUUUUUCUUGAAUAAAAUUAACUUUUUUUUUUUUU